GCUAAAAUAUAAUUGGCUAUUGCUACAAUGAAGAGAAAUAAAAAUGAUUAUAGAUUGAUUACAAAAAAUGAAUUUAGAGAAAAGAGUUAAAACUUUCCAUAAGCAGGAAUAAAAGGAGUAUUGAAUUAUAAUAGUGAUUCGCUGUAUGAUGAAAAAUUAAUUUUAUCCAUUAUUGGUUGAAUAGUAACAAGUGAGAAUACUUCAAAGUAAAUUGCUACAUUUUCAGGAAAUUGAAGAUUCAAAUAUUUGAAAUA